ACACGUGGACUGCCGCUGUGUUGUCGUCCGUCGCGUCGGUGUGAUUUAGUACAGUGUUAGAUUCAUCGAGAAGUUACUCUUUUUCGACGGGAAGCCGAUGAAGCAAAGGGAAGCGCGUCGGGGCUGAACGAAAGGUGAAACAAAGGCUCUCGACUACAACCCUCAGAGGAAGCCAAACCCUCCUGGUAUAAAACAAAUCCUUCACCACGAGCCAUGGGAACCUCCCAGAGCAAGCCCUCUCCUCAUCCUCGAAGCACCACCUUCUCGAACCCAGAAGGACCUCAAGUGCCGUCGAGACUCACAAGGACGUAUUCGGAGGGAGGCAUCCUGCAUGUUGAUAAUCUCACGUUGUUUGGGACUAACAAUUUAACGUCGCCAAUAAGAGAAGGUAAUGUUACUCAGAGGGAAGGGUUAGGACUCCAGGGGGCGUCUGGCGGAGGGCUUGGUGAUGCUGAAGGUGUCGUAGAAGAGGAGCAAGGAAAGGAUGGUAAAGCUGGGGAUGUCGAGGUAGAAGAGCAAGAUGAAGAAAGAAAUGCUAGAGGUGUCGUAGAAGAGGGUCAAAAUAAGAUGGAAUGGGGAAGAGCAAGAUGA